AUGGAAUACGGAGAUAAUAAUAAUGAUUAUUCAGAAGAUACAGAGUUUUCUAAAGAUGUCCAAAUACAAGAAUUACAAUCAUGCAAAUUGGUGUUUUCACAUUUAAAUGUUGAUUAUAAAUUAAGGAAAGGAUCAAUAGAAAUACCGUUGGCCUUUGAUAAUGGUGGCAAAAUAUUACAAGUAAGACAAAAUGAUACUAUUCUUGCACUGAAAGAAGUUAAUAAUUUGAUUCCUAUUGUAUUUGAGUUUUCAUUACCAGAAGAUUAUCCAUACGACGUGCCACCAGUAAUCAAACUUCAAAAUGACGUAAUUAGCAUGGAGAAACGUUCAGAGAUCAUAAAAGAAAUGGUUAAUAUUUGGGAAGAUUUGAAAGAUCAAUCUUUGUUUAGUAUGAUAGAUUAUUUACUAUGUCAAACACAAGAUCACAUAGAUGAGAUAGUUCCAAGUCCGUUAAUUAUAAAUGACUUAGACAUAUACAAUAGAUGUCUAGAUUAUGACAAAAAAUGUAAAGUUGAUAAGUUUAAUUCGAAGACUUAUGCUUGUGAUAUCUGUCAGUCUGAUUUUAAAGGCUCCAAAUGUAUUCAAUUUGAAAAAUGUUUACAUGUAUUUUGUCUAAAUUGUUUAACUGAAUAUUUCACAUCAUCUAUCACUCAAGGAGAUAUAGAUAAGAUUCAUUGUCCCGAUUUCCAAUGUACGAAAGAUUACUUAAAACGAAAACAAGAGUUUAUGGACAUCGACAGUUGGAAAUAUGGAAAUCAGAAAGUCAAAGAUAUAAUUACAACUUUUUUAACACCAGUAAUUUCAAUAGAGAAAAUGGAUAAAAUAUUAAAUGAUCAAAGUUUAAUCAGACGGUAUCAAGACUUGUUCAAGAAACAGCAGUAUGAAGCUAUUUCAAAAGUCCUUCCAAAUAGAUUAGUAAGGUGUCCAGGUUUAAAUUGUGAAGAGAUUAUAUUUAGAGAAGAUCUAAAUGAUAGAUUGGUCAGGUGUCCUGCCUGUAAAUAUGCAUUUUGUAAUGAUUGUAAAAAAUCAUACCAUACUAGAUUCAAAUUAUGUCAAAAAGCCACUGAAAAUAUGAAAUAUUUCGGUAUACCAAUUGAAGAUUUAGAAAACUAUAAAUUAUAUCCAUCAGAUUCACUUGAAAAACGUAUUUUAAACGCAAAAUAUGGUAGAAGUUGUAUUGCUAAAGCUAUUAAUGAAUUUGAAAUGGAUCAAUUAUUUGAGGCAAUGUUGAAAGAAAGUAUAAAUGUGAAACAAUGUCCUGGCUGUGAAACAGUUAUUGAAAAAUUUGAAGGUUGUAAUAGAAUGAAAUGUAGUAAAUGUGGAAGUUUCUUUUGUUUCCAUUGUGGUGAAAUGAUUUCAAGUGAUUAUAGUCAUUUCAGUGAUACUACAUCACCAUGUUACAAAUUAUUAUUCUUUGGCAUGAUUAUUGAAGGUAAUGAACAGACAUAG